AUGACGGACGUCGAAGAGAUUAUAGACUAUAUAAAAUCAUUAAAGAAAGGAUUUGAUAAAGAAUUAUUUCAAAGUAAGAUUGAUGAGUUGGGUUCAAUUGUAGAUAAUACUGGUUUGAAAUACGAUGACUUCCACACUUUGUUUAAAGUCUGGCUAAAUUUAAACAUACCAAUCACGAAAUGGGUAAGUUUUGGAACCUGCUUGGUGCCCCAAGAAAAAGUAAAUCAAAAGACAGUAGAAUAUUCAUUAAGAUGGAUAUUAGCGAAUUACGAAAACCAGAACAACUUCUCUAGAAUCGGCUUUCUUCUCGAUUGGCUGACUGCUGCUAUGGACAGUGAUUCUAUUGAUAUGAACACCUUGGACAUGGGAUAUGAGUUGUUCUACAUUAUGUUAACAUUUGAAAUGCUAACUGGACAUGCUAUGAAGCUUGUGUAUACAUUGACUAAACCAUCCGAUGUGACAAGAGGAAGAGUUCUGGAGUUGAUUGAAUAUGCUAAGAAAAGGGAAGCUAAGAAGAAUAUGUAUCGACAAAUUCAAGUGCUCCUGGGUCUAUUUAAGUCAUUCAAACCUGAAUGUGUUCCCGAGGAUGUGCCGUGUGUUUCAAUAUAUACAGCAUUCAGGAAGAUCAAUGUGGUAUUAAUGACGAGAUUUAAGAAUAGUCAGAGCAAAAGGCAUAGCACAAGUGAAGAAACAUUCAGACUAUUCUGGGUUAAUCCUUUAAAUGAAAUUUCUAGAAACAAAAAAGCUAACCUGCUGAUACCAAAUAUGGAGUUUGCUAAUAUUGGAUCGAAACAGUACAAAAAUGAUGGACAGAAGAACUACUUGGAUUUCUCUGAUCCGGUGUCCCUACUCCAGUACAGUAGUCAACACGUGUUAUCUCGCCCGGCGCGGCUGCGAGCCUUGUUGUGUAACCCGGCGGGACUCGCGCUCCUCGCCACACAUAAACACGACCACGCCUUCCUCUCACAUGAUCUGCAACAUCUUCUGGAUGGAUGUUUUCUAGAACAAUCUCCUCACAGUUACAUUGAAAAGCAAGAUUUGUUACAUCGGUUAGCCCUCUUCCAGUCAACUGUAAUGCAAGGCAUUCCUGUAGUUACAAGAUUUUUGGCGCAAUACUUACCAUUUUGGAAUGAAAAAGACUAUUUUGCUGAAAUAAUGGAACUGAUACAAUGGGUGAAUGUGGAAAGCUUUGAAGAUAUAAGCAUCAUAUUAGAUGCACUGUCUAAAAUAUAUCAGCGUGCUCAGCCAUUGGAACAAUGUGCUAUUAAUAACAGCUUGAAUAAUAUGUUCUGUAACCUUGUCUUCUCAAGUACAAAGUCUACUCAUCAUUUCCUUGAUAUGCAUCCAAGUGAAGAAGUGUACACAGAGACAAUAUACAUGGUGGCAUCGAAGAUUAAUGAUAUGUGCAAUAAGGGUCUACAAGUGGCCCCAGGUGAUCUAAGAGUCUUAUCUAGCUCUGUUCGAGGCUGUGAAAGACGAACUCGUGCUGUGGCGAGUAUUUCUGGUGAUUGUUCUAUUACCUGUCCGCCACCAUCCCUACUAGGCCUCUCUCUACCGCUACUUGACAACUCUGCGGCAGUUCUAGAUAAUGUGGCUGCGAUUAUUAUGAUGUACAAGAAGAUCUUCUCGAGCAUGAAAUCCCGAGCCGGUCAUAUAUCCCCGCGUUACAAAGAGCACAUGCAUCUAUUGAAACUGUACACAGCUGACUUCGUGAGCUGUUUCUACGAGGAGUUCCUCAGUAAUCGCAAUAAAGGAAUAAUGUUCAGUCGACUUCACCCGCAGUUGGUGAACAAGUUGAUAGACAGGCUGCCCGGCGUUGAGGCGCAGUUGAGUGUACGGAACCAUUUGGCGUUAGCGCCCUACACGUACAUGCAAUUAGAGGCCAUAGACCACACGGAGGCGGAUAAUAGACUAUGGUUCGAUACAGUCGUGGCCCAGGAGUUCGGCAACUUGAGCCAGUUCAUCAUGAAGGCGAUGCCGGAGAUGCGUUGA